GCCCUCAGAAAGGGGUCUGGCGGGGGGUGGGGCAGUGGGCUCAGACCCCACUGAGCCCUUGGACCAGGUGGGACCCCCGGGCCCGGAUCUGGCCCCCCCUCCAUGGCUGUGCUGCUGCUGGCUGCCCUCCUCGCCCUCCUCUGCCUGCCGCCGGCACAGCCAGCCGGGGUGCUGGAGCUGCGGGUGCUGUCGGCACGGGGGGGCCCGGGGGGACCCUGUGGGGGUCCCCCCUCCUGUCGCCUCGUCUUCCGCCUCUGCUUGCGGCCCCCCGGGGGGGUCGGCUGCAGCCUGGGGGUCGCCCACAGCCCCCCUGGGCCCCCCCCUGCCCCAGGGGCCCCCCGCAUCCUCCGCCUGCCCUUCGCCUUCCCCUGGCCGGGCACCGUCUCCCUUGUCAUCGAGUCAUGGCGGCUGGAGGAGGCCAAAGGCCCUGGGGGGCCCCAGGGCCGGCUUUUGGGGCGCGCAGUGUCCCGGCAGCACCUCUCCCCGGGGGGCCCCUGGCGAGGUGGGGCGGGGGGGGGCCUGCGCUUUGGCACCCGCCUGCGCUGCCGCCCCCCCGCCCGCGGACCCCGCUGCACCCACCGUUGCCCCCCCUGCACCCGCCGUUGCCCACCGCCCGCCGCCUGCCACCCCCCCCGCCGCUGCUGGCCCCCCUGCUGCGCCCGCCGCGGGUGCCUGGAAGCCUGCGCUCCCCCCACCACCGAUGGCAGCGCCUGCACCAACAGCGGCACCUGCACGGGUCCCAGCAGCGAGUCCCCGGGGUCGCGCUGUGACACCCCUGGCUCGGGACAAGCAGCGGUGGCAGCGGCGCUGGCGGCACCGGCUGUGGUCCCAGUGGCACCAGCAGCACCCGCCGUGGCCCUGGAAGCACCGGUGGCGUCGCCGGUAGCACCGGUGGCAUUGGCAGCAGACCCAGCGGCGGCACCGGCAGCGCCGACAACGGCCCCUGAAGCCCCGGCAGCAGCGCCGGCGUCUUCGGCGUCGCUGCCGGCCGCGGGGCGGUUGGCGAUGCCGGAGCCUCUCCCGGAGGUGCCGCCGUCCCCGUGCGCCCUCGGUCCCUGCUUCAACGGCGGGGCCUGUGCCCCUGACCCGGCUGCCGGCGCCGGCUACGUUUGCCGCUGCCCCCCCGGCUUCCGCGGUUCCAACUGCGAGCGCCGCGCCGACCGCUGCGCCGACCACCUCUGCCUGCACGGCGGGCAGUGCCGGGACUUGGGUCGCGGGGCCCUUUGCAAGUGCCGGCCGGGUUUCUCGGGGCGCCGGUGCGAACGCAACGCCGACGACUGUACCCCCAACCCCUGCGCCAACGGCGGCACCUGCCAGGACGGCGCCAACACCUUCACCUGCUCCUGCACCCUCGGCUACGCUGGCACCGAUUGCCGCCGCCGCGCCGACGCCUGCGCCUCCGGCCCCUGCCUGCACGGGGGUACCUGCUACACCCACUUCUCCGGCCACGUCUGCGCCUGCCCCCCGGGAUUUAUGGGGUCCCGCUGCGAGGAGGAAGUCGGGGGUCCCCCCCCGGCCCCCCACCGCCGGCCCCCCGCACCCCUCGCCCUCGCCUGCGCCCUCCCCCUCGCCCUGCUGGGUCCCGGUGUGGGGCUGGCGCUGGCAGCGCGGCGGCGGCGGCGGCUGCCAGGGGAGAGCAGCCGCCCGCCGGAGGCGGGGGAGGCCCCCGGGACGAGCCCCCCAGGGAGGGAGCGGCGGCCGCCACGAGCCUCCGCCACCCGGGUGUGACCUGGCAGUGAUGGACCCACCCAGGACUCCCCCACCCAAGUCUGUGGCCCCACAGUGGUUUGGGGACCCCCUCCCCCCAAGGAGGGGGAGGUGACAUAAAGCUCUUUGAGAUGUCUGUCCGUGCCACCACGUCACCACAA